UAUAAAUAAACCAGCUAGGUCAGUAUUCAUUGAGUUAUGUGUGUUGCAAGUUGUUUUAAUAUGAUCGUGAAUAUUAAAGAAGUAUAAUGUUGUUUCAUUAAGUUUAUAUAGAAAGAGUCAAAAAAUGUUUCCAACAAGAACUGAACGUAUGUUAAAACUGGCUCAGACUACAGCAGAAAGAAACAAAUCUACAUGUGAGACAACAAAUUUACAGGAUGGCAAGUCGGAAAAAUUGGGUUUAAAGGAAUCUUGUAGCAUUUUGGACAUCCCUGUUGAAGUUUCCAAUUCUAUCGAAAAUGUAGAUGCAUCGAUAGGCCUGACAGCUGGUCCAGAAGAUAUUUGCAGCAUAUCCGAAGCAGUUCCCGUUCUUAUCAAUAAUACAGAUGAAUCAAGAGACGUAGCAGUAGAUCUGGGUGGUGUUUGUAGCAUUUUGAACAUUUCUGAAGCUGUUCCCAAUCUCAUCAAUAAUACAGAUGCAUCAAUAGACUUAGACGUUGACGUUUGCAGCAUUUUGGACAUUUCUGAAGCUAUUCCCAAUUUCAUCAAUAAUGCAGAGGUAUCAAUAGACUUAGCAGUUAAUUCAGGUGGUGUUUGUAGCAUUUUGAACAUUUCUGAUUCCAAAAAUAAUGAGUGUGCUUCAAAAGGCCUAGCAGUUGAACCAGAGGAUGAUGAAGUCAUGCCCAAUUCCAUCAAUAAUGUAGAGUCAUCAAUAUCUGCCAACAAUACUAGUUGCAUCUCUGCUGUAUCAACUUCUGAUUCAUCAGUUAAAGACAACCCUUGUGACAUUUCUGAUGAUUCUGAGGUAGAUUCCUUGUAUGAACCAAAUUCAAGAAUUCCAGAUUCAGAUUCAAACUCAAAUAGCAGCUAUGAUAGUUGCAUCCCUGACAAUCAUUGUAGACAGGAAGUAAACUCAGCUAUGACACAGGAUUCGAUUAGGCCAAAAAAAGGGAGGAAGAGGAAACACAACAUACAAACGUUUUCAACUAGGAAAAAGUUGAAGGACUCAAAUUUGGAGCAUUUUACAGUAGCUGGGAAGUUUAUUAAACCAAAAGAAUUUAAUAAUUUCAAAUGUAAUUGUACAAAUAACUGUCAUGAGAAAGUUUCUCAGAGUUUGAGGAAAAGAUUGUUUGAGAAGUUUUGGGACUUGGGAUCCUAUAACACACAAACCUCUUUCAUUGUUGCCAACAUAGAAGAGACAGAUAUAAAAAGGAGAAGGGGAAGUUCGAAUAAGAGAAGUUAUUCAAGAACCUUGAAUUCGGUUAGGGAAAUUUGUAGUCUGUCGAGAAAUGUUUAUCAAAACAUUUGCUAUUUCUACUAAAAGAGUGAAUACAGCACUCAAUAAGCUACGAUCAGAAGGUACUGCAAAAGACUGUCGUGGUGUUCACAGAAAAGGACAGCUUAAACUUCCCAUUGCUGUUAUUAACAAUGUUAAA